CAGGCCCUUGUUCAAUUAGGCAUUUGGUCACUCUUGCCUUUAAUUUCAAAGGAUUUCAUCACCCUCUUGUCUUCACUCUUUACUCUGAUAAUCCCCAUUUUCCCCUCUUUUGAUUUCCAAUUUAGGGUUUUGUAACUCUUAAUUUUGCCUAUUCAGCUCAAAGAUAUAGCUUCUGGGUAAAUGCAUGGAAGGGAAAGAAGGAAUGGCACUUUCAGGAUCAUCACCUUACAAUUUAAGCAGAGGGGUUGGAGGGUCUGUCCCUAAUUCUGGUCCUCUUUUCGGGUCGUCUAUGCAACCUGGUUUAGCAUCUGCACCUGUUUUCAAGAGCUUCACAAGCCCGAAUGAAAAAGAUGUCGAAAACUCAGCCCCUAUUAGUGGCCAUGACAGUAACAUGGUUGUGGCCUCUGAUGGGGCUAACAUAUCUUUGGCAUUGUCCCCUAUGUCAUCUGAUCCCUCUCUAGGGUCGAUUGUCCCCGGGGAGAAGAAGGGUAGAGGGCGUCCGAAAGGGACUGGAAGGAAGCAAAGACUAGCAUCUCUUGGUGAGUGGAUGACCACUUCAGCAGGAUCAGCUUUUACACCACAUAUCAUUCAUAUUGGAGCCGGAGAGGAUAUUGCAUCCAAGUUAUUAUGUUUUGCACAACAGAGACCAAGGGCUCUCUGCAUAUUGUCUGCAAAUGGCACAGUUUCUUCUGUGACACUACGUCAUCCUGGAUCUUCUCUCGACUCUGUCACACUUGAGGGCCGUUUCCCAAUAUUGCGUUUGUCAGGUUCAUACUUGCUCUCUCAAGGUGGCCCUCACAAUCGGACUGGUGGUUUAAGUAUAUCGAUCUACAGUCCCGAAGGACAUGUGUUAGGAGGUGCGGUUGGGGGAAGUCUUAUUGCGGCAAGCACCAUUCAGGUUGUUGCAUGCACCUUUGUAUAUGAUGAUUGGAAGACAAAGAAUAUUCCUGAUGCAGAAGCCAAAGCUGACAAUGAUUCUGAUGUUCAACCUACAGAGAAGUCAUCUAUACCUGGCAGUGCAGGGCUUAAGGACCCUUCUGAAGAUAUUGCCCCUAACUCGGAAACAUCUGUGCUGACCUUAAGAUGUCCAGGUAUGACGGAUCCAAACACUGAAAUCGGCCUAGCUCAUGGAUGAUGCAGUUGCUGCAGCAAUGGAAUGGUCGUUUGUAUAAACUAGUUAAGUUGGCCUUGUUGCAAGAUGUUAGAAUUCGGGUUUAAGACUUUAAGUUAACAGUUAACGUAACAAAAUCCGCAUUAUGGGAUUGUCAUAGUAGCAUAUCUAGGAAGUUAUCCAAGUUAAAAUGGUUAUCUGCAAUGACUUGUAGGUUGAGCAGUUAGAUAGUGUUGGUUUGUGACCUGAACUUCUACCUAGGCUAGUUAAGGCUGCUGUUGCGUUCAACUAAGAGCAGGUAUUCGUAAGGAUAUUUUUCAGGAGU